AUGAUCAUACCCGCGCCUGCCAAGGCCGUGGCGCGCUGCCUCUCCUCCGCCGUCCUACGCUUCGCCAACCGUCGAUUCUUCUUCACCUUCACAGCCUUGGCCGUGUGGAGUGCCAAGAUCAUUCACAUCCAUGAUCACCACACAGCUGUUCAUCCCAUCUUCCUUCGAGAAUGGGGCUACUCCUUCGUCGCACAGGACAUCGCCGUCCUCACCUUCAUCCGACUACUUCUCGACUACUGGGUCACCGGCCUACCCUUCCUCCUACGCGUCCUAAUAACCAUCUGCAAUGGCCUAUUCAUGUUCUACAAUGCUGCCUUCAGCAUCAUCUUCGUCUCCUUCUACCUCGCCGCCGGCUCCGAAAUCCAUCUCCGAAACGUCUCCCUCCCCACCGAUCCCUCGUCGCGAGCCCUAAUACUCUCGGGAAGUCUGUCGUUUGUCAUGGUUCUUUGCGCAACCUUUGUCUCGUCAUGGCUAUUCCAGAACAUCUGCUAUACUAUGUAUGGAUACUUUGCCGACGUCGUCAAUUGGCCCUUUGCUACGACAUGGCACCUGUUCCGUCGAUAUGUCCUGCGCAAGCGCAAUUACUCCCAGGUGCCUCAGAUCGACAUUGAGGAACAAGGCAAACGUACCAGCGACGACUUCGACGACAUAAUCGACUUCGAUGCCGAAAUACGACGGACGGUGCCGCGCUUUGCUUGCAAGGUGGUUACCAACAUGAUCAUCUACACAAUAGUUGCCGGCAUUGUCCUUAUGCUCAUCUACGCAUCGUACGAACGGCCCAUAGACCGAUCCCUCAUCUUCCUUUCGUGGACGCCUGCAUUGAUGCCCUUCGUUGAUCUUUCCGCCUCGUCGCCCGUGCUACAAAACUUACCCCAGAUACGAAACGUUGGUAUCCACCGGUCAUGGGACAAAAAGUCAGCUCUCAGCAUACCGCCAAACAUGGAAUGGCUGCCUGAGGAUACAAAGCUAUCUGGCUUCGAGGACUGGUAUGAUGGCAAAGACCAUUACAAUGCAGCCGCCGAUCCCCUAAGAAUCUCGAACCUCGACCAAAAUAUCAUUUCCGAACUACGAAACAAGCUAAAGGAUGUCCCCGUCCGACACGUACUCUUGUUCUUCCUCGAAAGCACCCGCAACGAUGUCUUCCCUCUCAAGAAGGACAGUAUGGUGUAUGACAGGUUAGUCGAAAGCUAUGGUGAGGAUGGCCUUCCGCCGGACGCCAUGCGUCGACUCGCGACUCUGACCCCGACUGCAAACUUCAUCACCGGCGAUUACGAUGACGGCUUCGGCCACCUCAAGUCGGACCAAGUAAAGCGCGGCGGCGUGCGUUUCACCAAGGCCCACACUACAGCGACAUAUACACUCAAGAGUUUAGAAGGCACACUUUGUGGUAUUGCACCACUCCUGGCAGACUUCAAUCUUGAUUAUCAACACCACAUAUACCAACCGUGUCUGCCACAUAUCUUCAACGCCAUGAACCAGGUGAGCGCUUCCCACGGUGACGAAUCGCAUGCCUACAAUGGGUCUCAUUGGCAGUCCUACUUCUAUCAGGCCUCCACGAUGAAGUUUGACAAGCAGUACGAAAUGAUGGCUAGCAUCGGAUUUCCUGACGAAAACAUCAUCAACCGAGAGUAUCUGCAAUCGGACAAUGCGACACAUGGUCGCGUCACACUGCCCAACAUCAAUGCCUUUGCUUUCGAGGAGGAUCCCCUUGAAGAUUAUAUCCGCGAUGCUUUUGUUUCGGCAAAGGAGAAGAACGAGCGCGUGUUCCUCUCGCACAUCACCAGCACGAGCCAUCACGCCUUCAAAAUGCCCGAGAAGGAGGAGUACAUCCCAGUCGCGAACGGUCUCGACAUGCUAUCGCAUUACAUCAAUACUGAGGGUUACGACGACAAGUGGCUGCGCAAGGUUCUCAAUCUGCUGGAUGAGCAAGGCGUUGCCAACGAGACCUUGAUGGUAUUUGUUGGCGACCACGGUCUUUCGAUGCCCGAAAAUGGCAUCGUUUCCCCGUAUUACAACCCAAAUAUUGGUGUUGACCAUGUUCCCUUGGUGCUUUCGCAUCCAUUGCUGCCUGCCUUUGACAUCCACGAUGCGGUGCACUCGUCGCAGAUCUUACCCACGAUCCUUGAUAUCCUCGUCGAGACGGGCUCUUUGAACAACGGUAGCCAGCAGGUUGCCUCUGAUCUGAUGCGCAACUACGAGGGACAGUCCCUCAUUCGCCCGCAGAUAAACCAGAACGAAACAACCGGUCAGGGUAAUUGGCAAUUCACAGUUGUCAAUCCUGGUCGCGCUAUGAUAACUGCCCGCGACGCCCGGCACCCCGAACGUCACCUCGUUGUACCUCUAAUCGAUAACGUUGAAUGGCGCUUCACUAAUCUCACCUACGAUCCACGCGAAGAGUACUCGAUCCAAGGCUUUGAGUUUGGAUCCUUCCUCGAUAGUAUCGGACAUGAGCUUGACAGAAUGCAUGCUUUGUCAAUUGAGGAGAUUCACGCAGUCGAAAACUGGGUGCAAGAAGGAGCUUCUAUAGCUCGUUGGUGGGUGGAGGAGAACAGUAAGCGAUGGCGAUUUGGGCCAUACGCGGAAUUCAAGCUCAAGGAGAAGCUUCCCUUGACGCCUCCUUAA